AUGAUUAACCGGUCGCUCGUCACAUACCUUCAAGUGAAUUCAGCAAUAUUGCUCUUCGCCCUUAUCUCACUGCCAUUGGCAGGAAAUGCACAGAGGAGGAGGGAGGGAGAGGCCGUGGUGUGCGUGGGCCCGUUGCUACUCUCAUCCCUACCUCUCUCUGUGUCCUUAUCUCCCUGCCAUUGGCAGGAAACGCACAGAGGAGGAGGGAGGGAGAGGCUGAGGUGGGCGUGGGCCCGUUGCUACUCUCAUCCUUUCCUCACUCACUGUCCUUAUCUCCCCGCCAUUGGCAGGAAACGCACAGAGGAGGAGGGAGGGAGAGGCCGUGGUGAAACGCACAGAGGAGGAGGGAGGGAGAGGCUGAGGUGGGCAUGGGCCCGUUGCUACUCUCAUCCUUUCCUCACUCACUGUCCUUAUCUCCCCGCCAUUGGCAGGAAACGCACAGAGGAGGAGGGAGGGAGAGGCCAUGGUGUGCGUGGGCCCGUUGCUACUCUCAUCCCUUCCUCUCUCUGUGUCCUUAUCUCCCUGCCAUUGGCAGGAAACGCACAGAGGAGGAGGGAGGGAGAGGCUGAGGUGUGCGUGGGCCCGUUGCUACUCUCAUCCCUUUCUCUCUGUGUCCUUAUCUCCCUGCCAUUGGCAGGAAACGCACAGAGGAGGAGGGAGGGAGAAGCUGAGGUGUGCGUGGGCCCGUUGCUACUCUCAUCCCUUCCUCUCUCCCUGUCCUUAUCUCCCUGCCAUUGGCAGGAAACGCACAGAGGAGGAGGGAGGGAGAGGCCGUGGUGUGCGUGGGUCCGUUGCUACUCUCAUCCCUACCUCUCUCUGUGUCCUUAUCUCCCCGCCAUUGGCAGGAAACGCACAGAGGAGGAGGGAGGGAGAGGCCGUGGUGUGCGUGGGCCCGUUGCUACUCUCAUCCCUUCCUCUCUCUGUGUCCUUAUCUCCCUGCCAUUGGCAGGAAACGCACAGAGGAGGAGGGAGGGAGAGGCUGAGGUGUGCGUGGGCCCGUUGCUACUCUCAUCCCUUUCUCUCUGUGUCCUUAUCUCCCUGCGAUUGGCAGGAAACGCACAGAGGAGGAGGGAGGGAGAGGCUGAGGUGUGCGUGGGCCCGUUGCUACUCUCAUCCCUUCCUUUCUCUGUGUCCUUAUCUCCCUGCCAUUGGCAGGAAACGCACAGAGGAGGAGGGAGGGAGAGGAGGAGGAGGGAGGGAGAGGCUGAGGUGUGCGUGGGCCCGUUGCUACUCUCAUCCCUUCCUCUCUCCCUGUCCUUAUCUCCCUGCCAUUGGCAGGAAAUGCACAGAGGAGGAGGGAGGGAGAGGCUGAGGAAACGCACAGAGGAGGAAGGAGGGAGAGGCCGUGUUGUGCGUGGGCCCGUUGCUACUCUCAUCCCUACCUCUCUCUGUGUCCUUAUCUCCCUGCCAUUGGCAGGAGACGCACAGAGGAGGAGGGAGGGAGAGGCUGAGGAAAUGCACAGAGGAGGAGGGAGGGAGAGGCUGAGGUGCGCGUGGGCCCGUUGCUACUCUCAUCCCUUCCUCUCUCCCUGUCCUUAUCUCCCUGCCAUUGGCAGGAAACGCACAGAGGAGGAGGGAGGGAGAGGCCGUGGAAAUGCACAGAGGUGGAGGGAGGGAGAGGCUGAGUCGCCCCCUGGAACCGCACUCCCUCCACCCCUGUCUUCCUCCAUACCUCUCCCAACCCACGAUGGUCCCUGUACAGUCUUUCACAGGUGGGCUGCUGGGCACAGGUGGGGCUGCUGGUCACAGGUGGGGCUGCUGGUCACAGGUGGGGCUGCUGGUCACAGGUGGGGCUGCUGGUCACAGGUGGGGCUGCUGGUCACAGGUGGGGCUGCUGGUCACAGGUGGGGCUGCUGGUCACAGGUGGGGCUGCUGGUCACAGGUGGGGCUGCUGGUCACAGGUGGGGCUGCUGGUCACAGGUGGGGUUGCUGGUGCUGGUGCUGGCGGCUGGCGCUGGUGCUGGUUCCUGGUGCUGGCAGCUGGCACUGGGGCUGGUUCCUGAUGCUGGCGGCUGGCGCUGGGGCUGGUUCCUGGUGCUGGCGGCUGGCGCUGGUGCUGGUUCCUGGUGCUGGCGGCUGGCACUGGGGCUGGUUCCUGGUGCUGGCGGCCGGCGCUGGGGCUGGUUCCUGGUGCUGGCGACUGGCGCUGGGGCUGGUUCCUGGUGCUGGCGGCUGGCGCUGGGGCUGGUUCCUGGUGCUGGCGGCUGGCGCUGGGGCUGGUUCCUGGUGCUGGCGGCUGGCGCUGCGACCGCCGGUGCGACGGGCGAGGUGCAAGGUGGCGCUGGCUGCAGUCGAUGGCGCAAACGCGAUCGCGGGCCGCUGGCGACUUCGCUGGCGACUUCGCUGGCGGGUCGCUGGCGGCGGGUCCGCUGGCGUUCGCCAUAG